GUUGGGGGAGUUAGACGGUUGACUACAAAAGGUGGUGAGGUGGGGGGAUCACUGUUCAGCUUUCUGCACAACAACCAUGAUCUACGCAUACUGCAUUGUAUUCUUCUUUCAGCUGCUCUCCCUCGCUGGGGCCUCUGAGAGUGGCAUCGUGGGUGGGAGAGUUGCGAAGCCUCACUCCAGACCCUACAUGGCAUCUCUCCAGGUUGAUGGAGCACAUACAUGUGGCGGGAUACUUAUUCGGGAGGACUUUGUUCUAACUGCAGCACACUGCAAAGAUCCGUCCCUGAGAGUGGUACUUGGAGCACAUGACAUAGGCAAGAAAGAGAAAAGUCAGCAAUGGAUCCAAGUGGCAAAGUACCAUCCACAUCCGGAUUACACUGGAAAAUACGACAACGAUAUCAUGUUACUGGAGCUAAAAAAAAACGCCACACUGAACAGGUAUGUGAAGGUCAUCGGACUACCGAAGAAAGACGGGAAAAUCCCAGCCAACAUUAAAUGUGCCGUUGCUGGCUGGGGCCGAACUGGAUCCAAUAAACCGGCAUCAACAGUACUGAGGGAGGCCACGGAGAAGAUGCAAUUCAGCUUUGAGUGCAAAAAUAUAUGGGGAGAAUACUUCAAUCCUGCUCACAUGCUAUGCACCAAAUUUAACAAAAAGAACGGAGGGGUUUGCCAGGGUGACUCCGGUGGACCACUUAUCUGCAACAGCAAGCCUCAGGGUUUAACAGAAUAUACCUUGGAAAGCAAUUGUAAUGAUCCCAAGUAUCCCCAUGUCUUCACUAAAGUCCACGUCUUCCUCCCCUGGAUUAAGGAAGUGAUGAAGGGUUUGGGGAAUGUUGCAUGAGCCACUUUUCAGAGGCCAAGAAUGAUGUCCUUUCUUCACUUGCUUAUUAAAUAUCAUGGUAAACAUUUUGAGAAUUAAUCUUAGUCUUAGUUUUGAAAAAGAAAAAAAAAAAAAAAAUCAUGAAACUGGUAUGUGUAAAUGAUUUGCAUG